AUGGGAAAAAGCAGCAAGGACAAGAGAGACAUUUACUACCGAAAAGCCAAGGAGGAGGGCUGGCGAGCGCGAUCCGCCUUCAAACUGCUUCAGCUGGAUCAGCAGUUCCACUUGUUUGACGGUGUUCAGCGAGUUGUGGAUCUGUGUGCUGCUCCUGGGUCCUGGAGUCAGGUGCUGAGCAGAGAGCUGUUUGAGAAGCGAGGUAUCGAGGCUGGCAGCGGUAAGACGGUGGCUGGGUCGACAUUUGGAGGCAAGGUUGUCACCGGGGAAUCUACUGCUCAAAAAUCAUCCACCAUGGAGAAGGCCAAGAUUGUGUCUGUUGAUCUGCAACCCAUGGCUCCCAUUGCUGGUGUCACCACUAUCCAGGCCGAUAUCACGCAUCCUCAAACUCUGAAGAUGAUUCUGGACGAGUUUGGAGGCGAGCCUGCCGACUUUGUGUGUUCUGACGGAGCUCCCGAUGUCACUGGUCUGCACGAUCUCGACGAGUACACACAGGCACAGCUGAUUCUGUCUGCGCUUCAGCUGACCACCCAGCUACUGAGACCCGGAGGAAACUUUGUCGCCAAAAUCUUCCGAGGACGAGAUAUUGAUCUCAUGUACUUCCAGCUGGGUCUGUUGUUCGAGCAGGUCACUUGUGCAAAGCCCCGAUCUUCCAGAGGCUCUUCUCUCGAGUCUUUCAUCGUGUGUCAGGGAUACAAGCCUCGAUCGGGAUGGUCUCCCGAUCUCGCUACUGGCGUCAUGGUCAACAAGGAGCUCCCUCUGCCUAUUUCCGAGCGGGUCGUCGCUCCCUUUGUGGCCUGUGGCGACCUGUCGGAGUACGACUCAGACGCUACUUACACUCUCCCUAGUGGAGAGGGAGUUCGAGUCAGCUUGGACCCCGUUCAGAGCCCUACUUGCCCACCAUACAAGCGAGCGGUCGAGAUGAAGAGAAAGAACUAG